AUGGCCGACUUCGAGGACUCUGCUGCUCGCUACGAAGAUGACCGCGGAUAUGAACGUCGCGAUCGAUCUGCCUCGCCUCGAGGAGAUCGUGAUGAUCGCAACCGCAGCCGAUCUCCAAACGGCCGUGAUAGAGCGCCACCUCCACCAUCUGACACUCGCAUGAAAGACGCCGAUGAUGAAUCCCUGAACAAUGGGUCCAAUCUCUUCGUGACUGGCAUUCACCCCCGCCUCACCGAAGCCGACGUCUCUCGCCUCUUCGAGAAGUAUGGUGAUGUUGAAAGCUGCUCGAUCAUGUUGGACCCGCAUACCAAGGAAUCUCGUGGGUUCGGCUUCGUCAAAAUGGUCUCGAACGAACAAGCGGAGGCAGCCAAGGAAGCCUUGCAAGGCGAGGUUGUUGAAGGGCGCGUCCUGAGCAUCGAGAAGGCUCGUCGUGCCCGCCCUCGUACUCCCACUCCAGGGAAAUACUUCGGCCCCCCCAAGCGUGGUGACUUCCGCGGCCCCCCUCGUGGUGGGUAUCGAGACCGCUAUGAUGAUCGUCGAGGAGGAGGUUAUUCAGGCCGCCGUGACGAUUACCGGGGCGGCGAGUAUCGUGGCGGUGAAUAUCGCGGUGACUACCGUGGUGGUUCCCGAUAUGACGACUAUGACAGACGCGGCUACGGAGGUGGCAGACGUGACCGAGAUGAAGGCUACAGCGGCCGCGGCAUCGACCGAUACGAGGGCGGUAGGCGCGAAGAAGGCUAUGGCAGUGGCACGCGUGGAGAUCGACGUGGCUACUACGAGCGUAACGACGACCGUAGCUACCCUCCCGCCACCCGCGACGAAGCUCCUCGCGAAUACGCAGGCGGUCGUGAAUAUGCCCGUGAAGAUCGUUACGCCAGCAGGUAA